CGUGCGCCAGUCUUAUGCCCAUGGCACUUAUGCGGAGUAGAGAUUGUGGAAGCGUUUUGUGCAUUCAGACGCUGACUAGUCUCCACGUGCUGCGGUGGGAAUGAAGAGGCCACGCUAAGUCCACCAUCCUGUCUGGGCAAAGGGUGUAGCCGAAAAUCACCACAGCAAGAAUUUGGAGCCAUUCAAAGGUGAUUCAGCCAGGUUGAAGAAAAACUAGACUCCACAUCCAAUCUUGCCAGGCUAUUAAUGAAGGAAAUUCUCAUCUUCUGGGCCUUGGGCUCCCUAGUGGGGGAUUUGCUGGCAGAGAGAUCGCCACUCAUUCAACAAGCUACUUUUUGGUCCACAAACUUUGAAAACAUAUUCACGUGGGAUCAUGGGAGGGAGACAUCCCCUGGCACCGUCUAUGACGUGCAGUAUAAAACGUAUGGGGCAGUGUGGCAGAACAAAAGUGAGUGCCAGAACAUCACACAACACUUCUGCAAUCUCACACGAGAGACUGAAAGCUACACCGAACGCUACUAUGCUAGAGUGAGAGCCGUUGUCCCUGACUGCUGUGUGUCCAAGUGGAUCAAAUCCUUGAGGUUCUGUCCCAAGGAAGACACUGUUGUUGGAGAACCUGAAGUGAAAUAUAUCCCCAACAUCCGGUCAAUAAAGUUCAUUAUACAGCCUCCCUACACUCCUCUAAGAGACGAGGAUAAUCAGACCUUGACUGUGGAAGACAUUUUCAGCCAAUUUGAUGUCAUCCGAUAUCAGAUAAUAAUAUUUUGUGAAAACACACAGCAAAAGUGGAAGAAGACUGAGAACAACAAAGAAUUUGAAAUCUCUGAGCUGGACCCUGGCACUGAAUAUAAUGGUACAAUUCACAUCAAAUAUCUGGGAAAGAUUAGCAAGCCCCGUAAGUUUCGGGUGAAGACCCUACCAGACAAUCUUUGGAUGCCAUACUUGUUUGGGGUAGUUGCAUUUAUGGCUUUAUUGAUCUUUGGUACGAUAUAUUACCUGAUAUACAAAUAUAUUAAGAGGUUCACCACACAGCAACCCAUGUCUCUGAAUUUCAAGGACAUGUCACGCUUCCAGCCUCUCACACUAACUGUGGAGCAUAUCCUGAUGUCCCAUGAUAUAAACAAGUCUUUCCAAAUGGAUCCAGAGAUGAAGCCAGAACAGAUUAUUCAGCAUCUUCAAGAAGUACUAGAGCACCAAAAAGUAUUUGAUUUGCCAGAAAGAGUUUAUCAGCAACAGGCUGCAAUGGCAUCAAUCCACUGUGUUGCUACUCCCAUAGGCCAAGCAGACAAGGCAAUUACCAUUGGUUAUGCUCCACAAGUGACCCAGAAUAAACCACCUCACACACUAGAUGACAAGCGCUCGACCUUAACUUAUGGCAUAUGUGUUGAAGGCACCAGCCACUCCAACAAGAUAAACUCUUCAACAAGCAACAUGACAAAAUCUGAUUCUGUUGUUGAAGGAUCUAUUGGCAACGGACACACUAAAGUGCAAAAAGGAAAACAGCACAAAAGGGGAUUGUGGGAAAGCCUGGCACAAAAGAAGCCAGCACCGGAGCUGGAAAGAGCUGAGGAAAUACAACAGCUGCUGCUUCAGGGAGACACCAAAGGCAGGCCACAGCAACUGCCUUCCUUUUUGCAAGAGAGAGUCCCCACCAUUUUAGGGGAAAGGACAGGAAGUUACAACAAGCAGCAACCAGUAGAAUUUUUGCCACCCACUAUGGAGAUCAGCCAACAGGCCACCUCAGAUGGUGACCCUCCAUUGUCAUCCAUGCCUAACUCCUUGUUUUCACUUUGCUCCAGCAACAACUGCUCGCAAGAUCCCAGCCCAGGGCAAUGGGUGGCCUGGGAUUCGUUAGCCUGGACCAAUAGCCAGUGGCCAUCUUCAAGAUUCCAGGUGAAAGAGUGCCUUAGUCAGGCCAGCGAGGGAUUGAAAAAUGAGCCCAAACCCCUUAGUUGUGCUACCCCAGAGUCCUUGGUCUUGACUCAGGAUAAUAUGCUGCUCCCAGGCCUGUUUAGAGACUUGGAGUUAAAAUUACAGUGGGACUAUGAGCAAGAUGAAAACACAGCUGUUUCUUAGUCAUUUACCCACCAAUUGUGGUGGGGAGGGGAAUUUAACAUACUAGCAGAAGAGAACCAGAAGCAUAGAGACCCCACUCCCUCCAAAACAGUGUAGAAGGUCAAUGUCCUUUUCUGAGGCCUUCAGUUCUCUUGGACCUCUUUUUAUGACUUGCUCUUCCAUAUAUUACAAAAAUGGACACAUUCGACUGGUUUGCAGUUACUAGUCUAGGAACUGCUGUAGCGGAUUCUUAUGCUAUUCCAAUAAAGUAGGAAUGGAAGAGCUACAGAAUCAUGUGGGAGAACUGUAGGCCAUUCAAUGAGGAUACAUUGGAGGAGAAAAUUACAGUGUAAACCACUUUGAGUCCCCAUUUGGGGAGAAAGUCCAAACACACUGUACAAAAGCAAACUAUGAGUAGGAUUGGCACCUUUUAAACCGAUCUCUAUAGCUAUCUAAUAUUAAAUAUUAGAUAGCUAUCAAUAUUAAAUAUUGAUCUUCAGCAGAGGCCUGUCCUGAAUAUCUUCAGCUGCCCAUUUCCAUGUACUAAGCCUCUGAUAAAGGGACAGGACAUUUUUCUCCUGGCCAGUUGGCAACCACAGCUGAGUUGCCUCUUUCAAGUGCUCUUAGGGCGCUUCCACACACGGUGACAAGAAGAAUCAGAGUAGGCAGGAACAGCAUCCCUGCCCAAUAUCACUCAGUUGUUCUGUGGCCAUCACCCCCAAUGCCUGCUCUUUCCCCCAAAAGCAGAGGUGUGUCAACAAUUGCACAGGCACCCCUGCAGACCCCAAACCCCACAUUUCCCCUCACUUUCUCUUUUCCUAUCUAGUCAUACUCUAAUGCUAACAUACUGUUUAGCAGGGGAAUUAGAAAAAAGCCCUUUUAAGAGCUAACCGGGGUGGGGGAGUUGUUCAGGGUUUAUGUUGUUUUAAUUUGUGCCUAGGGAUUCCAACCUCCAGGUUGGGACUGGAGAUCUCCCAGAAUUACAGCUGAUUUCAAGACAACAGAGAUCAGUUCCCCUGGAGGAAAUGGAUUCUUCAGUGCAUAGACUCUAUGGCAUUGUACUCAGGGCUUUUUUUCAGCUGGAACGCGGUGGAACGGAGUUCCGGAACCUCUUGAAAAUGGACACAUGGCUGGUGGCCCCGCUCCCUGAUCGCCAGACAGAGGGGAGUUUAGAUUGCCUUCCGUGCCACUCCAGCGGUGCGGAGGGCAAUCUAAACUCCCCUCUAUCUGGAGAUCAGGGGGUGGGGCCACCAGCCAUGUGACGAUUUUCUCCGAGGGCAACCCACUGAGUUCCACCACCUCUUUUCCCAGAAAAAAAGCCCUGAUUAUACUUCACUGAGGACCCUACCCUAGCUCCACCUCCAAAUAUCCAGGAAUUUCACAACACAAAAGUUGACGACCCUAUUUGUACUUCAUGUUUAAGGUGUAUUUUUAAAUCUCUGUGGCCACAAAAAGAUCUCUGAGUGAUUUGGGGCCAGUUACUUUUACAGUAUAACCUACCUCACAGGGUUGUUUUCAAGAUAAAAUGGAGGAAGGGAGACUGAAGCCAUUUUGGGGUCCCCACUAGGGAGAAAAGUGGGAUAUAUCUUAAAUAAAUAUCUUUUACUUUGUUAUGAUCUUUAAAAAAUAAAAGUGAUUUUUACUUA